UAGUUUCAGUUUUUCAAUGCAAAGAAAUCGGCAAAAACAAGUCAGACGAUCGCGGUUCCUGAAGCGCUUGUCGUGGCUUCGGCUAAGCAAGGGGACGUUUGAACAGCCACAGAAGUAUUAGAAGACCAUGUGGUUUUAUGUGGUGGCCUUGCUGGGGUUCUAUUUCCUGUUCCGUUGGUACCGUGAAAAACAGAUUUUGCCAAACCUGACAGAGAAAUAUGUCUUCAUAACUGGCUGUGACUCUGGAUUUGGCAAUCUCCUGGCUCGGCAGUUGGAUGCGAAAGGCCUUCGGGUCUUGGCAGGUUGUCUGACUCAGCAGGGUGCAGAAAAACUGAAAGAAGCCACUUCAGAACGGUUGCAGACCUAUCUCGUAGACGUCAACAGCACAGAAAAUUUGGACAAAGCAACGGAAUGGGUGAAAAGCCAAGUAGGAGACAAAGGACUUUGGGGAUUGGUAAAUAAUGCCGGUAUUUCUAUCCCGACUGCCCCAAAUGAGUGGCUAACCAAGGAGGAUUUCAAGAAAAUCAUAGAUAUCAAUCUACUUGGGGUGAUUGAUGUGACUUUACAUAUGUUACCAUUGUUGAGAAGAGCCAAGGGACGUAUUGUCAACAUUGCCAGCAUAAUGGGCCGAUUAAGUCUUUUUGGCGGAGGCUACUGUCCUUCAAAAUAUGGGGUGGAAUCUUUCUCUGAUAGUCUCAGGCUUGAACUCUCCCGCUUUGGAGUGAAAGUCUGCAUAAUAGAGCCAGGUUACUUCCAAACUGCAAUCACCAAUGAAAAAAUCUUGCACCAGAACUUCAGGAACCUCUGGGAGCGUCUUCCAGAAGAAACCAAGGAAGUGUAUGGAGAGGAUUAUUAUAAGUCACUGAUGGAAGGAACCUCUAAAUUGCAAGCCAACUGCAAUACUAAACUUCAUCUGGUUACCGACUGCAUGGAACAUGCAUUGACUGCUGUGCAUCCUCGCUUCCGCUACUCAGCUGGUUGGGAUGCCAAACUCUUUUACCUCCCUGUAAGCUACUUGCCAACUAGGCUAACAGAUCAACUAUUUUUGUGGUCUUACCCUCAACUAAAAGAGAGCACUUAGGGUGGGGAGAUGUUAGUUUUCAAGAGGAAAGUUUGACACUGGUGGAUUGGGCUUGGAAACAUAUUCUUUUUAGAAUCUUUCAUUCUUGGGUGGGUUUUUAUAGGCUGUCCUUUUAUUAUAUGAUGCUUGUUUCCAGAAUACUGUAUAUCCUAAACUAUCUUUCAUGACAUCAGGCCAGUUUCCUUGUUACAUAGUUAUUGUGGGUAUGGGUAUUCCCACAUCCACCUGUUCUAUCUUUUGUAGGAGUGAUGCUCAUCUAGAUUUUGACUCUAAAAUAUUAUCAGGGCAAGAGCAUACAAAAUUUCCCUAAACCAAACAGACCAUUGAUCUGUCCAACUUAGCGUGUAACCUUGGAUCUUUGAGGUCCUGAUAACUGGUGGCAGGAAGGAUGAACCUCCAAAUGUCUGUCACUAAACUAUGGUUGGGAACUGCAAUCUUCUUCUUGUACCAUAUCCAUCAUUGGAUGUUGGCGAUCCUGUUUUUAUCCACAGCCGCAUGAAAAAGUGCUGUUGAGUUUUGUCCAAACCAGUCCCUUAGAUUUUGAAGCCAUGAUGUUCUUCUUCUGCCUGGACCUCAUUUGCCUUCAAUCUUUCUUUGGAGGUUUAAGUGAAGUAUGCUGUAUUUUUCUGGGUGUCAUAUCACAUGUCCAAAAUAUUCUAACUUUCGCUUUUUUAUGGUUUUGAUGAUUUCCCUUGGCUUUCCCAGGCGGCUUAUCACUUCCUCAUUUCUGAUUUUGUCAACCCAACUUAUACAUAACAGCUGCCUGGAACUGCCAUAGCUGUGCAAUAAUAUGACAUAGAGCCCGUUGUUCAGGAUGGAUUCAAAGUCUGCAGAGCCAGAUAAUCCCAACAGUCUGUAGGUAGAUGGUCCUCCUGACUGCAUUCUAUUAAUUUGAGAACUAAUCUACAAGGAAAACUUGCUCUGAGACUACUAUUUCAGGCACCCUUAGGAAAUUCUUACACUUCUGUACAUUUUUUACUCACUUGAUUUUCUACUACAGAGUUACUCCCAGACUCUCCAUCUUCCAGAGCCCUUGUGAAGGCCAGCUUUACUAUUUGUUGCUUAGCCUAUUCGUAGCUCUUUCAGAAUUACUUUUUAAUUCUGAUCACCAUAAGUCCUAACCAAAUUAAUCUUGUUGGAGCGAUUUCACAAUUUCCCUUUUGUCUAUAUUGUUUAAAUCACAAUAUUAACAAUUUGUGUCUUAGCUUCAGUUUUAAAUGAUAAUUAAAAAAAAAAACAUGGUAACCUCAUCGUGGAAUAAAACAGAGUAAUUAAGUUGAUGUGGCACAUGUGAACCUUUCUUCCUUUGAAAGUGAAGCAAUCUGAAAACUUAAAGAAUUAUAAUGAUCCAGGAAAAAAAGGGAGGGGAGGAAAACACAGAGCUGGUUUUUAAGCCAUGCUGGUAGUAGAGGAUAGCUGUGAAUGCAGUAUGAUGGCCAUCUGAAAACAUACAAAAUGGUGCUAGCUUGCAACGAGGACUUUCCAAAACCACCCGGGAAGAAGGCAAAGGGCACAUCAUUGUUCCACAUUUUUUAAAAUCUAAAAUCUAUCAAAAGCAUGAGGGUUGGAAGAGAACAGAAAUCUGUAGUUGUUUGAUAUCUAUUAAACAGGUAGAAUGACAGUGAUUUAAUAGCCAGCUUCACUCAAUCGGAGAUCUUAUUCUUAGCAUUGUCAAUUGAUAGGUGACCAAUUGGACUAAUAAUAAUGAGAGUUUUGGUCCAAAAUAUUUAGCAGGCACUAGGAUAGAUUAACAUUGUAAUUUUUGUAUUUGAAACAUGUAUAUGCAACCAUAGGUCUUAGCAAAAUAUGUAUAAAAUUACAGCAAUGUUUCAAGGAUGGCAAUAAAAUUUGUGUAUUUGGAAAUUUAAAAGCAUAUGAUAAAAUCUCACACUAAAGAAUCCAACAAUCCUUAGAAAUAUUUGUACAUGCAGGAUAAGGAGGCGGCAUAUCAACUAAAGCAAAAACAAAUAACACAAAUGAGACAAUUAUGUCAGGGGUGAAAUCCCGCAGGUUGUGACAGGUUCUGGAGAACCGGUAGCAGAAAUUUUGAGCAGUUCGGAGAACCAGUAGCGGAGAACUGGCAAAUACCACCUCUGGCUGGCCCCAGAGUGGGGUGGGAAUGGAGAUUUUGCAAUACCAUGCCCGCCAAGCCACGCCCACGGAACCGGUAGUAAAAAAAAAAUGGAUUUCACCAUUGAAUUAUGUCCUGAAAGAGCUGUAGAAGCUAAGCCUUCUUCAGUUAUCUUACAGAACUUGUGAAAUCAAUUGAGGGUUGUGGAAAAGCUGUCUGAUUGACUACAGUCUCAGGCAGUAGGAACAAUGGUGAAAAGUAUUGAGAACUGCAGUUUAGAAAUAUCUGGAAAGCUAAUAAAGGUAAUCCUUGACUUACAACUGGUUGCUUAGCAACCAUUUAAAGUUACAACCAAUCUGAAAAGGAGGGGAACUUACAUGCAGAUCUGAAGUUCUGAAUGUCGCCACCCCUUUGUGGUCAUGUGACCAGAGUUUGGGCGUUUGGCAACAGGGCCACGUUUAGAGCUGUUUGCAAUGUCCCACAGUUGUGUGACUUCUUUUUAAGGUUUCCAGCAAAACUGCACCACAAUGGGUAUGACCACUGUGUUCACACAAUGACCACCACCCAAAAAAAUAACAAAAUCAGAUCGGUAAUGUUUUACAACCAUUACAACUUACCAUCAUGAUGGGCAGGCUCCAUUACAGUCAUAUUUCAAGGACUACCUGCAAUCCCCAUCCUUUUGAUAAAACCUCAUUUGUCAUUGCUAACCCUGGCUUGUAUGCCGCGAUGGAGAACAGGAGCUAAAGCAUUCAGUUCCUGAGGAGACCAUAAGUUGCCAAAGACAUCGAUGCUUUUUAUCAUUUUCUUUCAUUCUUAGUUUGUUAAAAAUGUAAGUCAUUGUGAAUGGAUAAAAUGAAUAAAACUAUGGAUUUCCUUG